UGCGACCGAAAGUUCGAGUAUAUAUAUGAAACCGCUACUCCCCUCAAGCUAAUCAUCCAGUGAACAAUCACUCACCCGUCUCUAUCAAUAUCGCUCAAUCAAUGUACACCAUGGCAGCACCCGUCGAUCUCAAUAUUCCCCCUUCAACAUCGAUCGUCAACGUAUCGAUCAUAGACACAGGUGCGACCUUUGCAGGAUUGCCGGCCAGCUCCUUAUUAGAGCCGAACAUCCCGGGACAUGAAUGGCUAGGCGGACCGUGCUUUGCAUUCCUGGUUCAACAUCCUUCCAAACAUCGGUCUCUACUUUUCGAUCUUGCGAUGAAGAAGGACUGGAAGAAUUGGCCGAAGCAAUUCCUUGAAUUUUUACUCGGCACUGGAGCAACGCCAGUUGUGCCAACAGACGUCAGAACGGUCCUGGACAAGCAUGGCGUGGACACGACGAACAUCGAAGGCGUGAUAUGGUCCCACACGCAUUUUGAUCAUAUCGGCGAUGUCUCGACGCUUGAGCAAGGUACAAAAAUCAUUGUCGGACCCGGCACCAAGAAGGCCGUGUUCCCCGGCUAUCCCACCAACCCAGCGGCCCACUUCAACGAGUCUGACGUCGCAGGCCACGAGGUGCAAGAACUGGAUUUCGAAAAUUCAAGCCUCAAGAUCGGCGGGCUCACUGCUAUUGAUUACUUCGAAGACGGAUCCUUUUAUCUUCUUGACGCACCGGGGCAUUGUGUCGGCCACAUCUCUGCUCUUGCUCGAGUCACGAGUAAUCCAGACAGUUUCAUCCUGCUGGGCGGCGACGCUGUACAUCACGGCGGUGAACUACGUCCCCACCACUGGCAUCCGCUCCCAGACUCUAUAUCCCCCAAUCCAUUUGACGUAGCCUCUCCUGCGCCAUGUCCCGGGGAGAUCUUCCAUAAGCUCCUCCUUGAUGGCAAGGAAGCCCCCUUUUAUGAGCCAAGCCGGAAGUCAUGGAGUUAUCACCUAGAUGUCCCUACGAUGCUAGAGACGAUCAAGAAGCUCCAAGAAAUUGACGCUCAUGAAAACGUUUUCAUUAUCGCCGCACACGAUGCAGGGAUUCAAAAGACAGUUGAUCUCUUCCCCAAGACAGCAAACUCUUUCAUGGAGAAAGGUUGGGUGCAGAAAACGAGAUGGGCGUGGUUGGCUGACUUUGCUAAAGCCGUUGGUCAAGAUGAGAAUAUCCCUAGGGAGAUUUUCGGUGACUUUAGGCCUAUUUCCACUGGAAAGGAAUAGAGUUCUCACAAAUGAUGGCUAUAACGAUUGAUGAGGUCGUUCACGUUCAGGGAUGUCAUGAUAUCAUGAGCUGAGAUUAUCUCUACGAUGCCAAAAAAAAUCAUUAUGUCGCGAGUCUUUUACUUCCGCGUUCAGUGUAUACACACCGCUGCGAUUAGACAGUCAGCCGGUUCCUCCUACCAUUAUGGGAAUGCAACUCAAAAGUGUUCUACCUGUCCA